CUCGUCACUUCCGGCGAGCCUCUCGCGGGUUCUGGGUUUCGGAGCGGUGGCCUCGGCUGCUAAGAGGGAGCUUUGGGUAUCUAUUAUAAGGUUCAGGAAAAGGAGCGGCAUCACCAAACUCUGUCAAUCAUGUUUUCUUUCAACAUGUUUGACCACCCGAUUCCCCGGGUCUUCCAGAACCGCUUCUCUACGCAGUUCCGCUGCUUCUCCGUGUCCAUGCUCGCAGGGCCUAGUGACAGGUCAGAUGUGGAGAAAGGAGGGAAGAUAAUUAUGCCACCCUCAGCCCUCGAUCAACUCAGCCGGCUCAACAUUACCUAUCCUAUGCUGUUUAAACUGACCAAUAAGAAUUCAGACCGAAUGACACACUGUGGUGUACUGGAGUUUGUUGCUGAUGAAGGCAUCUGUUACCUCCCCCACUGGAUGAUGCAGAAUUUGCUGUUGGAAGAAGGGGGCCUGGUCCAGGUGGAAAGUGUCAACCUUCAAGUGGCUACCUACUCUAAGUUCCAGCCUCAGAGCCCAGAUUUCCUGGAUAUCACCAAUCCUAAAGCAGUAUUAGAAAAUGCACUGAGAAACUUCGCCUGUCUGACGACUGGAGAUGUGAUCGCUAUCAACUAUAAUGAGAAGAUCUAUGAGCUUCGUGUGAUGGAGACCAAACCUGACAAGGCUGUGUCCAUUAUUGAAUGUGACAUGAAUGUGGAUUUUGAUGCUCCCUUGGGCUACAAAGAACCAGAAAGACCAGUGCAGCAUGAGGAGUCAAUAGAGGGAGAAGCUGACCACAGUGGCUAUGCUGGAGAGGUGGGCUUCCGUGCCUUCUCUGGUUCUGGGAAUAGACUGGAUGGAAAGAAAAAGGGGGUUGAACCUAGUCCCUCCCCAAUCAAGCCUGGAGACAUCAAAAGAGGAAUUCCUAAUUAUGAAUUUAAGCUUGGUAAGAUCACUUUCAUCAGAAAUUCACGUCCGUUGGUCAAAAAGGUUGAAGAGGAUGAAGCUGGAGGCAGAUUUGUUGCUUUCUCUGGAGAAGGACAGUCACUGCGUAAGAAGGGAAGAAAGCCCUAAGUCCAAAACUGUUGGCUGACUGGAAAAAUAAAAGAUCCGAUUGCAACUGGCUUACAGUUACUGGCUCUGACAAGUUCAGAGAUGCUGUGUUAUUUAUGGUUUGUUUAGAGUCACUUAAGAACUAUCAAGCUUGUUCUGGAUGCAAAACAGCAGAACUUGGAGGUUGUGUGCUUGAUCUGGGGGGGGAAAGGGGGAGAGCGCACUCGGGUCCUAUGGGUGACUGCCUCUUCCACUUCCUACACUUGGCUCCAGGGCCCUCCCAGGGCUUCAGCAGAGCAGCCCUGAUUCCUGACUUUCUCUUCUUUCCCAUGUCUAUACACGGGGCAGUGUCUUUAGCCCAUCAUGGGUACUCAGGCCAGGACUUGAGUACCUGACAAAGAUGGCCUCUGUUUUCAUUUACAGUGACUCAGAAGGGAUCUCAUCCAGAUGAAUGCACUCUCGUUUUGAUCUGCUUGCUCUCAGUGAAUUUCAUGAUGAAGCCAGAUGUGAAAGGCAGAAUGAAUACAUGCUUAAGUUCUGUGCCCCCGUUACAUUUAUUAGCCAAGGUUCUGACAGUUUGUCUUUUUCAAGUACUAGGAUUGAACUAGAACCUUAUGAAUAUUAAGUAUGCCACACACUCUACCACCGAGGCUCAUUCAUCCAUGCCCCUUUUUCUUACUGUGAGGCUCAUCCAUGCCCCUUUUUCUUACUGUUUUAUUGUCCUCAGAUCUAUUUGCGCUUUGUAUGAUAUAAGAUCUUUUGACAUGCUGACCCAGUUAUUUAAAUUUUGUUCCUUGAGAAUAAUUCUUAUUGAAUUAAAUAAACUGAUUAAAACUU